AUGGCCUCCACCAGGUGUUUCCAGGUGACUCAUAGCAAGUUUGUUACCCUGUACGUGGAGGAUGGCCCCCAGAGGAAAAAACGGAAGUCUGAAGUUGGAGAAGUGGACAAGCAGUUAGAUAUCCUGGCUAUUGGUACAGCAGUUGGUAGUAUUUUGUUGUACAGCACAGUAAAAGGAGAAUUACAGAGCAAGCUAGAUGGUGGUCACGACAGUAGAGUAAACUGUGUGAGAUGGCAUCAAGACAGCUGCUGCUUGUAUAGCUGUUCAGAUGACAAACACAUUGUGGAAUGGAACACACAGACCUGCAAAGUAAAGUGUAAGUGGAAAGGUGACAAUAGCAGUGUCACCUGUCUAUGCAUCAGUCCAGAUGGAAAAAUGCUGCUGUCAGCUGGUAGAACUAUAAAACUGUGGGACUUGGAGACCAAAGAAGUCUACAGACAUUUCACAGGCCAUGCUACAUCUGUGUCAUCGUUAAUGUUUACCACAGUGAAACCUAUGAAUGAAAGUAAACCCUUUGAUGGAAUUACAGGACUUUAUUUCUUGUCUGGAGCUAUACACGACCGAUUAUUGAGUGUGUGGCAGAUCAGAUCAGAUAGGAAAGAAAAGAAUGCUGUGAUGUCUUUCUCAGUAACAGAAGAACCAACUUUUGUUGACCUGACUGUAUCAGAGGUCAAAGAGGAGCCUGUGAAAUUAGCAGUUGUGUGCAGAGAUGGGCAGUUGCAUUUAUUCGAACAUAUCUUGAAUGGCUAUUGCAAAAAACCCUUAACAUCAAACUGUACUGUUCAGAUAGCAACGCCUGGGAAUGAUGGGGACUCAACACCGAAACCAGUCCCCAUUCUAGCAGCUGCAUUUUGCAAAGACAAACAGUCUCUGCUGCUGGUGUAUGGAAACACCUUACAGCCCAUCCUAGAGAAAGUGUCUUUGAACACCAGUGAAUCCCACAUAUGUUUGGUACGGGACAUGCAGAAAGUGUUAUCACUUAAAACAGAUGCUGCUGUAACAAAGGUAAAGACCCCUGUUGUGAACUCGGACACCAAAGUUCUAGUUCCUGGCAUUCCAGGACAUAGUACAGCUGUCAAAACUCCAGCCUCGGGAAAAGAGAAAAAGAAAAACAAGAGGAAACCAGGCGAGACAGAGGAGAGCAUUGAGGAGCGCCUUGGGGCUUUGGAUAUCGAUGUGAGCAAAGUCAAAACUCCAGGUGGCCUUCCCCAAACAGACAGCUUUGCCGUGCUCCUGGUUCAGGGCUUGGAAAGCAACGAUGCAGAAAUCUUAAAUAAAGUGCUUAACACAAGGAAAGAAAAUAUAGUAAAGAACACAGUAGCCAGAAUGCCUAUACAUGCUGUCAUUCCACUGCUGCAUGAGCUUACAAAGAGAUUGCAGGGCAACCCAUACAGUGCCUCACUAAUGGUUCGAUGGCUGAAGUCUGUUUUUACCCUACAUGCAUCCUACCUUUCCACAUUGCCAGACCUUAUUCCUCAGCUGGGAAUGUUGUACCAGUUGAUGGAGAGCAGGGUAAAAACUUUGCAAAAGCUUUCCCGUCUGCAUGGAAGACUCUUCAUUCUUGUCACCCAGCUUGCAGCAUCACAAGCAGUUCAGGAUGUACCUGAGGUUAAUCAGACUGCAAAGCUGGUCUAUGAGGAUGACUCCUCGGAGGAGGAAGGCUCAGAUGAUGAGAUGAUUGCAGAUAAAGACUCUGAUGAAAACUGGGAUGAAGAUGAUGAAAAAGAGGAGCAAUCUGAUGAACAAGACAUGACUGUUGAAAAGGAAAUCAAUGGUGAUUCUGAUUUGGAACCAGAAAAUGAAAGUGAAGAAGAAUAACAGCACGAAAGAGUAAUUUUAGCGGUUGAGCAAGUGGGCCACCAAGCUCUUUGAUUCUGGAUCCUGUUGCUGAAAGAUGCUGUAUUUGCAUAUCAGGAGUGCAAAGCAUUGCACAGCCUGUGUGCAGAGGCACCUGUGGGGCACUGCAUUUCUGAAUCCAGAAUGUUUAACCGUGCCAGCCUUCUCUCGCCCUCCUUCCCUGCGCUUACUUAGAGAAACAUUUCCUCCACCUCCUGGUCAGAUUAUGCCUGUCAUGUGGACAUGCAUUUGUAUCUCAAGUGAAAUAAAUCUGCCACCGCUGUUUGUGUGGGAAACUUG